AUGAUUUUAGAAGAGCAGAGAUUCCUCCACGAGGACCUGGAGCGGCUAGAACAGGCCAUCACCGAGCGCGUGGCAGAAGACCCGAAAAACAUCAAAGAGCGAUUAAUCCGGGACCACCAGAUCAACGGGUUUCUCACACGGAUACAGGAGCAGUCGAAGCGACUGCUGGACAUCUACAAAGACAUCGAAGGGCUGCGGGCGCAAGAAAUCCAGAGUCUGUCGACUGGAGACCCGUUCGAAGAAUUCUACAAACAACUCGACGAAGUCAAGGAUUUCCACCGACGAUAUCCCAAUGAGCCGGUCGAAAACCUCGAGCGGGCGUACAAACGGCGGCGGCCCGAAGAAGGCGAGCCAGUGCGCACGGAAGUGGACAACAUGUUCACAGGCGAAGAGUCGAACGGACGGUUUUUGGACUUGACGACCCUGCACGAAGACUACCUCAAUCUCCCCGGCGUGAAGCGCCUCACUUACUUACAGUACCUGGACAACUUCGACGCCUUUGAACCUCCACGUCUACCCAUCAAGCGCCGCGACAAGCUGACCGAUACGUACCUGAAAUACGUGACGGAUCUAGAUGAAUACCUCGAAGGCUUCCUACGGAGGACGCGACCGCUGGACGACCUCGACAAGACAUUUCUGCGACUGGAUCGCGAGUUCGAGACGGCGUGGCAGGCGGGGACGGUGCCCGGAUGGGGCAAGGAGAACAAGGACGAAGAACAAACAGCAACCAACGGCAACAAGAACGAGCCACAGACCCAAGGGUCCGGAUCGGGGAUCUGGUGUCCGGAAUGUGAAAAGGAGUUCAGCAACCAGAACGUCUACAAGGCACAUCUGACGGGGAAGAAGCAUCUCCGCAACGCCGAGGCCAAGAAGGCAUUGGUGACCAUGACCGGAUCGUCCGAAGAGACAUCAUCCAAAUCAUCGUCGGGCGGCGCGGCGUGCCUAAAAGAACGAGUGAUUGCCUCGCACGAGUUCCGGAUCCGGGCGCUAGCCGACCUGCUGUCCAACGAGCGCAGCAACACGCGGGUUAACGUGGAGCGCAAGCAAGGCAUGACGGAGCGGGAGCGCCAGGCCGAACUGGACGCCAUCUUUGCCGAAGACAAUGCGGCCGUGGCAGCCUCGGAAAGACGUGCGGGUGGACAUGGCGGUGCAGGUGAUGACUCGGGCUCCGAAUCCGACGGCGACGAGAAGAUCUACAAUCCGUUGAAACUGCCGCUCGCCUGGGACGGCAAGCCCAUCCCGUACUGGCUGUACAAGCUGCACGGCCUGGGCGUCGAGUUCCCCUGCGAAAUCUGCGGCAAUUUCGUGUACAUGGGCCGCCGCGCCUUUGACAAACACUUCACCGAAGCCCGCCACAUCUACGGCCUCAAGUGUCUGGGUAUUACGGGUUCCGGUGCCGGCGGGCUGAGUCUGUUCCGCGAAAUCACGGGGAUUCAGGACGCUUUGAGUCUGUGGGAGAAGAUCAAGCGCGAGAAACGAGAGAAGGAGAGUAAAGAGGACAGUAUCGUCCAGAUGGAGGACGGCGAGGGCAACGUCAUGCCCGAGAGGAUAUACUUGGAUUUGCAGAAGCAGGGCAUUUUGUAG